GGCGUCGCAUGCGACAACGCCAAAACAUAACGCCUACCCCAUGCACAUCGAGAGCAUGGUCAACUGCAAGAUGAGCUCGCAGAACGAUUCGGUCGAGGUGGAAAGUCUACUGAUGAGCCCCUGCUGGAACCAGUCUACCAGCGUCACCGAUCAGUACCUGCUCGACGGUCACAAGCUACUGCUCGAGGCCGAACUCGAUUCACUGCCGAGCGAUGGCGAAACGCAAAAGAGUUCAAUGGAUGUCCUAGAGAACCUGCUGCUCAACUCGGCCGCUUCUAUCACGAGCAACGGUACAAACGGGCACGGACACUCAAACGGUCACAUAGGUGUCGGUGGUGGGGGUGGCGGCGGAGGUGGAGGAGGAGGUCUCGGGAAUGGUGAUGUGAAGCCGCUGCCUUCGUUUACCUCCUUCAACACUGGUCACCUCUCGAUCAAUGGUAUCUCUGGCUACCAUUAUACGGCGAUCGCUCAACGCUUGCCGGAGGAGAACAACAACUACACGCAGAACUCGUACACGAGUGCAGCUACCAGCGGGUCCAACCAUUUGGCAGGUAACAGUGGGACCACGAAUGGCAACGGAAACGGUACCGGAAAUGGAACCAGUGUCGGUUCGACCGGUAGCGAUAACAACAUCGUUUCGUCUACGUCAACCUGCCUGCCCGACUCGGUACUAAAUCCUGACGGUUCGAGUGCGGACAAUGGGGGCGGUGGAUGCAGUCUGGCGGAUGUGAAGCUCUUCUCCGAUGGGUCGCUUGACGGUACCAAAAUCUACAGUGCACCUGCCGACAGCUGUGUGAUGAAUGGGGCCGAUUCGGUGUCUGGAGCGCGGAUAUUCGUUGAUACGAAGGAGCUGUCCGAGUACGACAUGAGCUCGAUCGAGGAUAUAGCAGCGAUCAUAGGGUCUGCGAUCGCUGACACAACUGUGCCUAGCAGUAAGGUGGAGAAGGAGGAUGGCAAUGAUACGCGCGACUCCUGGAUGGAUCUAGACGCUUGGAUCGAGGGCACCUGUACCGGUGUGCCGGACGGUGGUAAGCUAAUUGUAACGCAGCAGGACUCGCUCAGUGAACUCAUACUGCCGAGCUCCCCAGUACAUACCUCCUCCGGCACCAGCUCCACCCUGCAGAGUCUGUUGACGCACGGUUACAUGCCUCUGCUACAGAACCGACUACAGCACGGACCGCCGAUCAAACUGGAAGCGCCCAGCUCAACGUCAUACUGCGGCGAGCUGAUAUCCACCUCUACUAGUCCACCCGGCUCGGUCGUUUCGACCUCCACCGACAAUCUCAUACUCAACGGCAGGUACCUGCAGGGACAUCACCACCAUCAAAACGGACACCACUUCGCGCUCGGGUCCAUGGGUUCACUCACCAAACCGGACGGUCUCUGCAGCCCGGAGCUCGGCCUAAGUAACUAUCCCCACACGACCACUACCACCUCUACAUCUUCCUCAAGCGCAAGCAACUCUCCGACGACACCAAAAAGCAAACGACGCAACCACAAACAACAGUCCAAGCAACCGGGAACGCUUGUACCGACGCCUACCGGUGGCCUCUCUGCCCAGCAACACCAGCAGCAACAACAUCACCAACAGCAGCAACAACAGCACCAUCAACAGCAGCAGCAACAACAACAGCAACAACACCACCAGCAACAGCAUCAGCAGCAGCAGCAGCAGCAACAACAACAGCAACAUCAGCAGCAUCAGAUCAACGCUCAGUCGCAACAAGCCGCCGCACUCAGCUUCCAGGCGGCGAACGAUCUCAGCGGGCUUCUCGGCAAGGAGAAACCAGUCCACCGGUGCAAUAUCUGCAACCGGGGUUUCCUGAACAAGAGCAACAUUAAGGUCCACCUUCGGACGCACACGGGUGAGAAACCGUUCCGUUGUGAGGUCUGCGCCAAAGCCUUUCGCCAGAAGGCGCAUCUGAUCAAGCACCAGCAGAUCCACAAACGGAUUGGGCGCGAUUGACCAUCAGAGACGGUGCCGCCAAGGAGUUCGUCCGGUUCGCGCAAAGGCAAACGAACGUUCGACGAUUCCGAGUACCGCACCGUCACAGACGACUAUCAUUCCAAUGGCGACCGACACAACAUUGCAUCCGACCUGGACCUAGAGGAGCUGGACCUGGAUAUGGAGCUGGAACAGGAUCAAGCGAACCAGCGGUACCAUCGAUCUUUCGUACCGUUUG